AUACCACUUGAACCGCUGAUUUGUAUCCAAAGAGGUCAAUAUUGUGUAUAUGCCGACUACAACACAUACCCAGAAGGGACAGGUUAGUGCCCGAUUCGUUGGAUGAUGUCCCCCUAUUCCCCCGCCCCCUCUUCCUCUCCGCACCGCCGCCAACGAGACCCCACGGGAUAUAAAGCUAUCCGCGGCAUCUGGGGCAGGUCGACAAAGGCGGCGCCUCAUGAACUGACUCUCGAUCUACUUGCGCCGUACGGCGGUCGAAGCUCACGCUAAAUAUAUCAGCCUAGUAAUCACAGCACCGUCUCGACAGCCUUCCCAAGCCAAGAGGUUACGGCAAUCCUAUGAAUACGCAAAUAUGGUUGCAAGACGUAUUAAGACGGCCGCCCUCGUGGCAAAUACCACAGUGAAUAAGAAAGUAUCUGACAUCGUAAAGGGCGUAAUUGAUGAUGUCCGGGCAACCGGCGACAAGGCCGUGAGGUCCUAUUCGGAGAAAUUCGAUAAGUGGUCUCCGCCGUCCUUCAAGCUCAGCGAGAGCCAGAUUCAAGAAUGUAUAGCGAAGGUGCCCCCGCAGACCAUAGCGGACAUCAUAGAGGCGCAGAAGAACGUCCGGACCUUUGCCGAGGCCCAGAGGGCGAGCAUAAAGGACUUCGAGAUCGAGAUCCAACCAGGCGUCUUCCUCGGCCAGAGAAAUAACCCCAUCGCCACGGCCGGCGCCUACAUACCCGGCGGCCGAUACCCACUGCUGGCGUCCGCGCACAUGACCAUCCUAACCGCGAAAGUGGCCGGCGUGGAGCACGUCAUAGCGUGUACGCCGCCCAUCGCCGGGCAGGUGCCCAACGCGACGGUCGCGGCGGCGCACUUGGCGGGGGCCGACGAGAUCUUCCUGGUGGGCGGCACGCAGGCGAUUGCGGCGAUGGCGCUGGGAACGGAGACGAUUCCGAAGGUGGACUUCGUGGCGGGGCCGGGGAACGCGUUCGUCGCGGAGGCGAAGCGGCAGCUGUUUGGGGAGAUCGGGAUCGACCUGCUCGCGGGGCCGACCGAGGUGCUGAUCGUGGCGGACGGCGCGGCGGACCCGCUGACGCUCGCGACGGACCUGCUGUCGCAGGCGGAGCACGGGCCGGACUCGCCGGCGGUGCUGGUGACGACGUCGGAGGCGGUCGCGCGCGCCACCGCCGCGCGCGUCGACGACCUCCUGCGCCGGGACCUGCCGACGGCCGAGCUCGCCGCCGCCUCCUGGCGCGACUACGGCGAGAUCGUCGUCGUCGACGGCGGCCUCGACGAGGCGUUCGCCGUUGCCGACGCCUACGCCAGCGAGCACGUCCAGAUCCUGACGCGCGAGCCGCGCCAGGCGCUCGAGAAGAUGCGCAACUACGGCGCGCUGUUCCUCGGCGAGAAGACGUGCGUGUCGUACGGCGACAAGUGCAUCGGCACGAACCACGUCCUCCCGACGCGCAAGGCCGGCCGGUACACGGGCGGCCUCUGGGUCGGCAAGUACCUCAAGACGCAGACGUACCAGGAGGUGGUGGACGAGCGGGCGAGCGGCGAGCUCGGGCGGCUCUGCGCGCGAUGCUCGCGAGCCGAGAGCUUCGAGGGCCACGCGCGGUCCGGCGACCUCAGGGCGCACAAGUACCUCCAGGACUCGUACGCCUGGAUCAGAGAAGGGGAGUAGGCGAGAUCUACCGCUUGGACAAUCUUCUCAUCGGUCCUGGAUGCUCGACAUCGGGCCGAAGCCGCCGCGGGAUGGGUGAGGAGGGGCGGAACCUCGGGGUAGCUCCAGGUACACAACUGACGCGCGCACCCAGCCUAGGAGCGUUCUCUGCGUUCAGCCCUCUGGAGGGUUCUAUAUUCGUAUACUCGUCCGUUCUAUGUUAUGCUUGUACAUUCUCAUGCCCCGCCCGUAGCCAUUAUUACCCAGUAAUUUCCCGCGCCCGGGGACCCAGCAUCCGUGAACGCCGGCUCCGCUGUGCCUGCCCGCCCCAUCCCGACGCCAUAUCGUUGUUUGUUUGCUGUGCGCACGUAAAUACAAGGUCUCUCACGCUGCCGACUCGCACGGCGCAGAUCCGCACCACCAGCCUAUCCGUCCGUCCGUCUGCCUGUCCGUCACAGGGCGUACAGGGCGAGAGCCGCGGCCGCGAAGGCGCCGAGGCCCCACGACUCCGGCGCCGAGAGCCCGGCGGCGCCGCUCUCGGGCUCGCCGCUGCUCAUGGUGGGCAGCGAGGCGCGCGACGGGCCGACGAUCUUGACGCAGCUCAGCGACGCGUCGAUCUCCGUCACCAGGCUCUGGGCGCCCGUCGGGUAGAAGACGGUCAGGAUGGGCGUGAUGGCCCAGGCGGCGCUCUGGGUGUCCUGGACUUGGUUGGUGCCCUGGACGGAGGUGC